AAUAUCCUUCUUUAGCUUGUCUAUUCUGUCGAUACUCUCCUUUUAGUCAAGCAAGUUCAUCGUAAGUUAUUCAUACAAUGACUUCUGGCUGUAGCUAUAAGUUGAAUUCUUUUACAAUAUUGCCUUCUUGCAUUGUUUUCCUUGUGCUAUGCUCUACCCUGUCAUUGGCCUCCCUUAGAGUGGGAUUCUACAAAUCUUCUUGCCCAUCAGCAGAAGCAAUUGUGAGAAAAGCAGUAAACAAAGCCGUGUCUCAAAAUCCAGGGUUAGGUGCUGGCCUUAUUAGGAUGCAUUUCCAUGACUGCUUUGUCAGGGGCUGUGAUGCUUCUGUUCUGCUCAAAUCCACACCAGGGAACCCAUCAGAGAGAGAACAUAUUGCUAACAAUCCUAGCUUACGAGGUUUCGAGGUCAUUGAUGAAGCAAAGGCUGCAAUUGAAGCCUUAUGUCCACAAACUGUGUCAUGUGCAGACAUUCUUGCUUUCGCUGCACGCGACAGUUCUUGCAAGCUUGGAGGGAUAAACUACGCCGUGCGGGCAGGACGGAGGGACGGACGUGUGUCUAGAGAGGAUGAAGUCGCAGAACUCCCUCCUCCCUUCUUCAAUGCACAGCAACUCGCGGACAAUUUUGCCCGUAAGGGAAUGUCAGCGGAUGAGAUGGUGACACUCUCAGGAGCACAUUCCAUUGGCGUCUCACAUUGCUCUUCAUUCUCUGAGCGUCUGUACUCUUUCAAUGCCACUCAUGGCCAGGAUCCCUCCAUGGACCCCAGGUAUGCAGCUUUCUUGAAGACAAAGUGCCCGCCACCCAGCGCUAAUGGGGCCAGCGGAGGUCCAACAGUAGCACUUGAUCCUACGCCUAAUUGCAUGGACAACAAAUACUACAUGGAGUUAAAGAAGAAUCGAGGAUUAUUGACUUCAGAUCAGACAUUGAUGAACAGUCCUUCUACACAGAGGAUGGUGGUGAACAAUGCGAGGAAUGGUGGAGCAUGGGCUGCCAAGUUUGCAAAGGCAAUGGUGCACAUGGGCUCUCUCGAUGUUCUUACAGGAACUCAAGGUGAAAUCAGGAGGUUAUGCAGUGUCGUGAACUAAGCUCACGGCCGCCUGCAAUUAUAGAAUUUUUGUAGUUCUUUCAUUCGCUUUAUCCUUUGGAGGUUUUUUUUAAUGAAAACUUUACAGUCUAAAAAUGAUUUCACUGAUUUAUUCUUUAAUGUUUUCUUUUUUCAUUAAGGUUAUUAUUUAAUGUGAAUGUUCAACCAAUUAAUACAAAGUCGCGAUGAUUUUGAAUGCAAA